AUGUGUAUAAGAGACAGCCGCAAAGAGCGCCCGAGUCUGCGUUCCGGCUCCGCAAAGAGCGCCCGAGUCUGCGUUCCGGCUCCGCAAAGAGCGCCCGAGUCUGCGUUCCGGCUCCGCAAAGAGCGCCCGAGUCUGCGUUCCGGCUCCGCAAAGAGCGCCCGAGUCUGCGUUCCGGCUCCGCAAAGAGCGCCCGAGUCUGCGUUCCGGCUCCGCAAAGAGCGCCCGAGUCUGCGUUCCGGCUCCGCAAAGAGCGCCCGAGUCUGCGUUCCGGCUCCGCAAAGAGCGCCCGAGUCUGCGUUCCGGCUCCGCAAAGAGCGCCCGAGUCUGCGUUCCGGCUCCGCAAAGAGCGCCCGAGUCUGCGUUCCGGCUCCGCAAAGAGCGCCCGAGUCUGCGUUCCGGCUCCGCAAAGAGCGCCCGAGUCUGCGUUCCGGCUCCGCAAAGAGCGCCCGAGUCUGCGUUCCGGCUCCGCAAAGAGCGCCCGAGUCUGCGUUCCGGCUCCGCAAAGAGCGCCCGAGUCUGCGUUCCGGCUCCGCAAAGAGCGCCCGAGUCUGCGUUCCGGCUCCGCAAAGAGCGCCCGAGUCUGCGUUCCGGCUCCGCAAAGAGCGCCCGAGUCUGCGUUCCGGCUCCGCAAAGAGCGCCCGAGUCUGCGUUCCGGCUCCGCAAAGAGCGCCCGAGUCUGCGUUCCGGCUCCGCAAAGAGCGCCCGAGUCUGCGUUCCGGCUCCGCAAAGAGCGCCCGAGUCUGCGUUCCGGCUCCGCAAAGAGCGCCCGAGUCUGCGUUCCGGCUCCGCAAAGAGCGCCCGAGUCUGCGUUCCGGCUCCGCAAAGAGCGCCCGAGUCUGCGUUCCGGCUCCGCAAAGAGCGCCCGAGUCUGCGUUCCGGCUCCGCAAAGAGCGCCCGAGUCUGCGUUCCGGCUCCGCAAAGAGCGCCCGAGUCUGCGUUCCGGCUCCGCAAAGAGCGCCCGAGUCUGCGUUCCGGCUCCGCAAAGANCUUUAUAGGGCGCCCUAG